AUGCGUACCUUUUUCUGGCUGGAUGAGGAGAUUGGCAAUACUGAAGUUGUUGCUACAUAUUGCAUUCUCCUUAAGCUUAAAGAGAUCACUUGCUAUGCUAGCAAAGGAAGCGAUACUGCAGUUUUGGUUAUCAGUGUUAAUCAGAAAUAUGGGAAUAAGCUGAAUGCUGAUACUACUAUUAUCGAUGUUGCUGGACGUCCACUCCAAGCUCUUUACACCUAUCAAUUAGCUGACGAAAAUGCUGGUAUUAAUGCAAAUGGACCAUGUGAAAUUACUUCUACAGAAUACACCUGCCCUCUGGAACCGCAAAAUAUGUUGAAGGAGGAAUAUGCUAACCAUUACAAGUUAUCUGACAGGCUGGUUGCAAAGGUUGCAGUAGUCAAGAAACCAGUUUCCAGAUCAGAGGUAGAGACAGAGUUUGGUGUUUCUGCAUAUUCAAAACAUGCCACAAGGACAGUGAAUCCACUAUUGACAGCUCUUAUUCCAAGUAAAGUGUGGGUUUUAUUCCUGGUGAUCCUUCUCUUGGUCUCCCCAGUCCAUUCAUUAACACAUGAUGAAAGUGAAGAGAUUGGUACUUGUCGCUUUGACAAGACAAGUGUAGCUACACUCUCUUGCAAACAGACGGAUGGGAAAUGGAGGCCACCCUCAGUGAUAUGUUGCAAUGCAUUGCUUCAUUCAAUUGAUCAUUUGCCAACUAGUAAUGAGAGCGGAGCAUGUUGCCUGUGUCGCUAUUUGCAACUAAGAUACCCUAAUGAUGGACAUGGGUUGGUAUCAUCUUAUGUUCUAUGCCAGGGAAAAGAUAUGCAUACUGUCACUAAAUGGUCUUCUUUUCCAGUCACAUCAUGUCAUACAGUCUGUCGGCAGGAAAAAUCUUCCUCCAGUGGUAUGAGCAACCCUGUCCAGAAGAAUCAUCCUGUGGGAAAUGUACAUGGCUCUGGCAAUAAGGUCAUCAAGAUCCCAUGGACAUUUGUUUCAGUGGCAUUCUGCAUGAUAUUACUUAUUUGUCUUUGGCACCUGUGGUGGUCUAAUCCAGCAGCAAAUGCAUGUCAACCGCAGUCUCUUCCCUUGAACCGAAGUCAGAAGCUCUCUUCAGAGGGUAACCCACAGACUGAGCGCAGGCUAUCCUCUGGGAGGCUUUCAUCGGCACAGCUGAAGGAGCGCAGGCUGUCGUUUACAUAAACUUCCCUGAAUGGUUAGAAGGAUUGGAACCGCUAGUUUAAAACAAGUUUUUCAUUCUUUUUUGUUUUUUUUUUCAAAAACAUGGAAGGUGCAUGUGUGCACACACCACUACACGCGUGCAUGACCUAACUAAGCAAACCCCAAAACAUGUUGUCAAUAUAAUGGCCAUGGUCAAGUGCAGUAAGUUUGUGACAUAGUACACCAGUUAUACUGCCUGAGAUCUGACAAUUAGUUCCAGACUGGUACACCAAGAUAUUAAUUCUAUCUUGUAGAAACUACUCAGCUGUCAACAUGCCCUAGCCCUAAAGCCAAAGUUCAUGGCUUGGAUGUCAAAAACAAGCUUAAAUGAUCUGACAGCUCUAUUACCUAGAAUUUGUACCCCUUGGACACCUGCAUCAUCUGGAAGAAAUGUAGAACAAAUUACAUUAUUUGAGCUUUCAUAGAAUGCAUUUUCCACUGGCAGCUUCAAGGUAGACCUGAUGAGUUUCAUCUCCACUGUUGGAAAGUCAUUCCAGUUUGCUGAGCCA